AAUGGCUGUCAGAUAAAUACGGGGUUGAACUAAAUAACAUGUUUACUUAGCAGUGAUUGCUAUUCCUGAAUGGUAGUUAGGGUUGUAUUUUGUGGAAGCACUCAUAUACAUAUAUAUUAUACUAACAGUGUGCUGCGUGGUUGGGUUUUUGAAGCUCAUAGUAGAGGCAUCACGAAGAACGUAGCAACUUGGCUUUAAUAAUGAGAUGUACUUUUAUGAAGCAACUGAAUCUCACUUUGGUUAUCAAAUUGUAAUCUGAAGAGUGAUGUGAAACAUAGUGACCCUGCAUGACCUAUUUGAAUUUAUGCUUCAGUCCCUAUUUCAGUAAUUUAUUUAUCUGACUAGACUUGUAAAACUUCUACUUUUUUUUCUAGGGUGGAGAGAGGAAGUUUAUACAGCUGAACAUCCUUAACUUGAAACUGUUCCUUCAGAAAGAAUUUGUAUAGCAGCUAAAACUUGUAGAUGAAAGCAACUAUUUCAAUAUUGAAGAAGAAUAAAAAGCUCCUCGAAAGUUUGGAAGGUUGAAUGUGAUCAGCAUGAAGAGCUUAAAAGCAAAGUUCAGGAAGAGUGACACCAACGAGUGGAAUAAGAAUGACGAUCGGCUGCUGCAGGCAGUGGAGAAUGGAGACCCUGAGAAAGUGGCUUCACUGCUGGGUAAAAAGGGAGCCAGUGCCACCAAACAAGACAGUGAGGGCAAAACUGCUUUUCACCUGGCAGCCACGAAAGGGCAUGCAGAAUGCCUGAGGAUCAUGGUGACACAUGGUGCAGAUGUGACAGCCCAAGAUGGUGCAGGGCACAGUGCUUUACAUCUUGCAGCGAAGAACAGCCACCCUGAUUGCAUCAAAAGGUUACUUCAGAGUAAAUGCCCAAUCGACAGCACUGACAAUUCGGGGAAAACAGCUUUACAUUAUGCAGCUGCAUGUGGGUGUCUUCAGGCAGUUCAACUCCUGUGUGAGCACAAAUGUCCCAUUAACAUCAAAGAUUUGGAUGGGAACAUACCGUUGCUGCUUGCAGUACAAAAUGGUCAUACAGAAGUCUGCAAAUACCUUCUGGAUCAUGGAGCAGACAUCAACACCAGGGAUAAAAAUGGAAGAACUGCUUUGAUGAUGGCUUGUGAAGCUAGCAGCCUUAACAUGGUGGAAGCUUUCCUGAGGAGAGGUGCAGAUGUCAGUUUGGUAGAUGUCUUUGGACAGAAUGCCCUGCAUUACGCCAAGCUCUCUGAGAAUACAGGGAUCCAGAAUCUCUUGUCAUCAAAGAUAUCACAGGAUGUGGAAGCAAAGUCUCCAACAAAAGCGAAGCAGCAUGAUCAAGGCUCUAAAUUAAGUUCAGAAAGAAGUGGAACUCCAAAAAAACGCAAAGCCCCACCUCCUCCUAUCAGUCCUAUUCAGGUUAAUGAUUUGUCCUCUCCAUACUCAUCGACUUCAACUGCCAUGACUGGAAAAGGGCAGGCUUUCUUUGCUGAUCAAGUGUGCAAGCAGGAAGAAUUCAGCUCCUUGCACAGGGAUAAUAAAGAAAGACUGAGUGACAGCACAACAGGUGCUGAUAGUUUAUUGGAUGUGAGUUCUGAAGCUGACCAACAAGAUCUACUUCUGCUGAUGCAAGCAAAAAUUGCCUCUCUGACAUUGCACAACAAGGAGCUGCAGGACAAAUUACAGGAAAGAACACCUAAAGAAGGAGAUUCAACUGUAGAAUCUUAUUCAACCCAAACACCGUUUGAGCAAACAGCAGAGAGACAAAGUGAGUUCUUGGCACAGGAGCUGAAGCCUACAUUAAAUGCCAUUCAAAUCCAAGAAAAGUUGACAAGCCCAAGAGAAGUAAAAAUGAAGUACCUCCAGGAAGACUUAAAGGAUGUGCAGAGAAAAUUAGAGAAUUCUGAAACCAAAAGAAAGCAUGUGGAAACUCAAGUCCACUCUAGAGUCCCAGAAGCAGAUUACUUAAAUAGCCCAGACAUUUCAGAAAAUGGUUCUGAUAGUAAUUUGAACUCCCAAGAAACUCAAAACAGGCAUGAGGAAGCUGUGAAGGAUGUUUUGAACAUACAAAGGCAAAAGAAGCCAGGUCUUGUUUCCUCUGAAAGUGAAGAAACCAAUUCUGAUCUGAGUAUGUUGAAGGUUACAUAUGGAGAAGUUGAAGCACUUAAACAAGAGUUGAAGAAAGCAUUGGAAGAAAGCGAAAGACAAAAAGAAAAAGUGAGAGAGCUACAGAAAAAGUUUGAAGACAGAGAGCAGAAUGUGGCAGGCAAAUUGUCUGUGGAAGAAUGUGAGGAAAUGAAGAACUCAUAUUGUUCAGUUAUUGAUAACAUUAAUCAAGAGAAAGCAUUGCUGAUUGAGAGGUACAAGGAAGGGCAAGAGGAAAUUAAAAGGCUACAAGACAAGCUGACAAAUCAGAUGCAGUUGGAAUCUGGUGCUGAAGCUGGAGAAAGGAAAGAUGUGAUGCACAGAACGAUAGAUGAGCUCAACAGGCAACUUAGUGAAUUGUCUCAGUUGUACAAAGAAGCACAAACGGAGCUUGAAGACUAUAGGAAGAAAAAGACCCUAGAUGAUAUAGCUUCAGACUACAUUCCUAGAGAUGAACAUGAGAAACUGAUGGAGGUAACAAAUUCUUUGAAAUACAAAGCAGAAAAUGAGUUAUCAGAAAUUAAAUCCCAGUACACAAAAGUAUUAGAUGAAGCAGAAGAACUCAAGCAACUGUUAGACACUCAGAAACAAAACUCUUUGCCAAUUACUGAACACCGUCAGGUAAUCAAUGCACUCAGAAAUACCAUAAAGGAGAUGGAGGAAGAAAUAAAUGAGCUCAAACGACUGCUUAGCAACAAGGAAAGUGAAUUAAGAAACUUGGAAAAGGCAUUACUGGAAGAAAAAGCUGCAAUUAAUGAAGCCAUGGUACCCAAGGCCACGUAUGAAAAGCUCCAGUCCUCACUAGAGGGUGAAAUUAGUGCUUUGUCAUCCAAACUGAAGGAUGUAAUCCGAGAGAAGGAAAGUGUAUCCUUAGAUGCCAUGAAACUGAGAAAUGAAAUUUUGCACUUGAAAGAAGCAAAAGAAGGUAUGCAUGGUCUGCUUGAAGCAAAGGAACGGGAGACGACUGAUCUUCAGCACAAGUACCACCAAGUUCAAGAAGCUCUUACUGAAAUGAAAAACUCAUCAAAACUAGAAGAAGAUAAAGACAAAAAGAUCAAUGAAAUGUCCAAGGAAAUUAGCAAAUUAAAAGAAGCAUUGAACAGCCUUUCUCAGCUCUCCUACUCAACCAGUGCCCCCAAAAGACAAAGCCAGCAGCUGGAGGUGUUACAGCAACAAGUGAAGCAGUUACAAAACCAACUGACUGAAACAAAGAAACAGCACCAGGAAAUUGUCUCAGUUUACAGGAUGCACCUUCUCUAUGCUGUGCAGGGUCAAAUGGAUGAAGAUGUCCAGAAAGUGCUUAAACAAAUUUUGUCAAUGUGUAAAAGCCAAUCACAGAAAAAGUAAACAAAAAGCCAAGGAAAACUCCCUAUUUUUAUUAAUCCUACUAUGGUUGUUUUAUCUAGAUUUGCCUUAACAUAAGAUUUGAAAUUGGCGAUUUGCUGCUUUUGUGUUAUUGUGCUGUUUGUGAGGGGGAUAUAUUUGUCUGUCUGUACCAUUUCCAUGUGCAGUAGCUAAACACAUGCCUGCUUUUCAUACUCAAAAUGCAAGUAUGCUCUUCAGUCUUUUUACAUAGGCCACUCCAUGUCAUGUUUACCCUGUGAGUACUUUUCCAGCUUCCUCCAACAGCAGCAGGUUAACCUGGAGGAAAGCACUGGUGUUGCCUGGGUAAAGGUGAAAUUCUCUGUGAGGUCUUCUGUUCUGGUUAUAAGCUGCAUCUUUACUGGGUGUUUUUGAUGCUGCAGCACUCAGAUUGCUGACUGCAUUUUGCCAUAUGCAGUCUUUGGCAGAGCAGAAGUUAACCUUGCAGCAGAGAGCAGGAGUAGAUAUUUAUGCUAAGCCAGAACAUCCAACAGCUACACUUCCUGGUGUAAUAUUAUUUAAGAUUAACACACUAAAGUGUAGCUGCCCCAAUUCACCCAAUGCACUGAGUACACGAAGCCCAUACCAUACUUCAUAGUUUCCUUAACUACCUGGUAGUGGAAUGAAACUAUUUCAAAAGGUAAAAGCAUUAGUUUAUUGAAGUUAUGUACAAACAGAACUGUCUCUAUAAACAGCCCUUUAUGAUAGGUUUAGCUGUCUAUGCAAGCGUUGGCCAUGAAGCUCAGGAACAAAACCAGGUCAUAUACUUUUAGACAAGGGAUUCUAGUGAACACAGGAUGUUUACAGUGAAUGUCAAUGCCUCAUACUUCCUAACCUCACUUUUGUAAAGAUCUUCUCUUCGGUAUAUUUUUACUGGCCCUCUAAUGAAUUUUUUUGUAACUAAACCAUUUUUUCUACAUAAUAUUUGCAUUAAGCUUAUUAACAAAUAUUUUUAGGUAAUUGUGUCUUAGAGAGUUUCUUUUUAUACCCCCAAGUAUUCAGUAAUAGUGAAGCAUAGUGAAGUGUUUUCUGUUUGUAAGAAAUUUGUAUGGAAUAGACCUGUCUGUCAGUGUGGUCCAGAGCAGUGAAGUGUAAAAUUCAGCCUGCUGUUCCAAAAAAAUAUAGAAAUGAUAGGUAGAGAACAGCAGGAGGUGUGAAAAAAAAUCUGUAUGUUGUUUCUAGAAGCUAGGGGCAUCAAUAAAGCCUUUAUCAGCACUUCUACAUUUAAAGUCAGAUAAAAAUGCCUGAUGUGGAAUAGAAUGGAACUAUGGAAAAAUGAUUUAAGCAGACACUGCACUUGAGGGUACAACCAUUUUAACAAGCUUGCGGCUUCAAUAUGGUAUUUUGUGUUUUUUAUUCUAUGGGGAUAUGUCUCUAUUAAUAGAGAAAUCUUUCAGAGCUAUAUAAUCUAUGAAGUUUAUAUAAGUCAUAAUAUGACAGGAGUCAGCAGUGCCUCAGGCUGACUGGACUCAUAGUGCACUUAUAUCAGAUAAUUCCUAACUCUGGCAAAGCUAAAGGAUUUUAAAAGCAAAAAGAAAACCACCACCUUUGCAUCAGUUAGACCUUGAUGUUACUUUUCUUGAGUGGUUUGACUAAUGCCGUCUAAUUUUGAACAGUAUUUUAUAGUUAGACAGCUUUGAAAAUGCUCCAAAGAAAUGUGAAAACAAUUUUGCUGCAUCACUUCAAAAAGAACAAAAUUUUAAGCAUGCUAAUGCUGCAAGUAUAAAACUUGAUGAACCAUUUUGUAGGUUGCCUGAUGGAUUUAGUCUUCUACUUUGGUUUGGUUUGUAUAUUUAUUACAAUUAUCUUUGUGGAAUAUUGGAAAUUAUAUACUACAACAUAACAAGUUUCUUUAUAUGUAAUUUACAAGAAGUUUCCUCAUGCAGCAAAUAA